AUGAAAUUAAGUCAAGACGUCACAAGCUCCCGUAGAAAAGCUAGAAAGGCUUACUUCACUGCUCCAUCUUCGAUCCGUCGUAAAUUAUUAUCUGCUUCUUUAUCAAAAGAAUUACAAGAACAGUACGGUAUCACUGCUUUGCCAAUUAGAAAAGAUGAUGAAGUAAAAGUUGUUAGAGGUUCCAAAAAAGGUCAAGAAGGUAAAAUUUCCUCUGUUUACAGAUUAAAAUAUGCUAUUCAAAUCGUAAAAUUAACUAAAGAAAAAGCUAAUGGUGCUUCAGUUCCUUUAAAUAUUCAUCCAUCCAAUGUUGUUAUCACUAAAUUGCAUUUGGAUAAAGACAGAAAAGGCUUAAUUGUCAGAAAAGGUGGUAAAGCCGAAUAG